CAGCAGGAGAAGGCGGCGGCGGCGGCUGGGGAUCAGACAUGGCGGCGGAUCUGAACCUGGAGUGGAUCUGCUCCCUGCCCCGGUCCUGGACUUACGGGAUCACCAGGGGCGGCCGAGUCUUCUUCAUCAACGAGGAGGCGAAGAGCACCACCUGGCUGCACCCCGUCACCGGCGAGGCCGUGGUCACCGGACACCGGCGGCAGAGCACAGAUUUGCCUACUGGCUGGGAAGAAGCAUAUACUUUUGAAGGUGCAAGAUACUAUAUAAACCAUAAUGAAAGGAAAGUAACCUGUAAACAUCCAGUCACAGGACAGCCAUCACAGGACAAUUGUAUUUUUGUAGUAAAUGAACAGACUGUUGCAACCAUGACAUCUGAAGAAAAGAAGGAACGACCUAUAAGCAUGAUAAAUGAAGCUUCUAACUAUAAUAUGACUUCAGAUUAUGGAGUGCAUCCGAUGAGCCCUGUAGGCAGAACUUCACGGUCUUCAAAAAAAGUUCACAAUUUUGGAAAAAGAUCAAAUUCAAUUAAAAGGAAUCCUAAUGCACCUGUGGUCAGGCGAGGCUGGCUUUAUAAACAGGACAGUACCGGCAUGAAGCUAUGGAAGAAACGCUGGUUCGUGCUUUCUGACCUUUGCCUCUUUUAUUACAGAGAUGAGAAAGAAGAGGGUAUCCUGGGAAGCAUACUAUUACCUAGUUUUCAGAUAGCCAUGCUUACCUCAGAGGAUCACAUUAAUCGCAAAUAUGCUUUUAAGGCAGCCCAUCCAAACAUGCGGACCUAUUAUUUCUGCACUGAUACAGGAAAGGAAAUGGAGUUGUGGAUGAAAGCCAUGUUAGAUGCUGCCCUAGUACAGACAGAACCCGUGAAAAGAGUGGACAAGAUUACAUCUGAAAAUGCCCCAACUAAGGAAAUCAAUAACUUUCCCAACCAUAGAGUGCUAAUUAAACCAGAGGUCCAAAAUAACCAGAAAAACAAAGAAAUAAGCAAAAAUGAAGAAAAAAAGGCAUUGGAAGCUGAAAAAUACGGAUUUCAGAAGGAUGGUCAAGAUAGACCUUUAACAAAAAUUAACAGUGUGAAGUUGAAUUCUCUGCCAUCUGAAUAUGAGAGCGGGUCAACAUGUCCAGCUCAGACUGGACACUAUAGACCAGUCAACGUGAACAGUUCAGAGAACAAAACUGUCAAUGUCAGCCUAGCAGAUCUUAGAGGUGGAAACCACCCAAAUACUGGGCCCUUACACACAGAGGCUGAUCGAGUCAUACAGAGGACAAACUCAAUGCAACAGUUGGAACAGUGGAUUAAAAUCCAGAAGGGGAGGGGUCAUGAAGAAGAAACCAGGGGAGUCAUUUCAUACCAAACGUUACCAAGAAAUAUGCCAAGCCACAGAGCCCAGGUUAUGGCCCGCUAUCCAGAAGGUUACAGAACACUCCCCAGAAACAGCAAGACCCGGCCUGAAAGCAUCUGCAGUGUAACCCCUUCCACUCGUGACAAAACAGUAGGGCCUGGAGCAGAAGAGAAACGGAGAUCAAUGAGAGAUGACACGAUGUGGCAGCUUUACGAAUGGCAGCAGCGUCAGUUUUAUAAUAAGCAGAGCACCCUCCCUCGUCACGGUACUUUGACCAGUCCUAAAACCAUGGUUAAUAUUUCUGAUCAGACAAUGCACUCUAUUCCCACAUCACCUUCCCAUGGGUCAAUAGCUGCUUAUCAGGGAUACUCCCCUCAACGAACAUACAGAUCGGAAGUGUCUUCGCCAAUUCAGAGAGGAGAUGUGACGAUAGACCGCAGGCACAGGGCCCAUCACCCUAAGCAUGUCUAUGUGCCUGACAGAAGGUCAAUGCCAGCUGGCCUGACUUUACAGUCUGUUAGUCCCCAGAGCCUCCAAGGCAAAACGCCAGAGGAGCUUACGCUGCUGCUAAUAAAGCUGAGACGGCAGCAGGCCGAACUGAGUAGUGUCCGGGAGCAUACAUUAGCACAGCUCAUGCAGCUGAAACUUGAGGCCCACAGCCCAAAGAAUGAAAUUCUUUCACAUCAUCUUCAAAGGAACACCAUAUAUUUGGAUCAUCAGAUGAAAGAAAAUGAACCUAUUAUCACCAUGGUUCACACAAUGAUUGAGAACUCGGCGCUAAGACCCCAACUGUACCAGCAAUUCUUAAGACAGAAGAACAAGAUAAGUCUAUAUUGUCUGUCACAAGAUGAAUGUAGAGGCACAUUAUACAAAUACAGACCUGAAGAAGUGGAUAUUGAUGCCAAGCUAAGCCGGUUAUGUGAACAAGAUAAAGUGGUACAUGCUCUGGAAGAGAAACUUCAGCAACUCCACAAGGAGAAAUACACGCUUGAGCAAGCUUUGCUAUCAGCCAGCCAAGAGAUAGAAAUGAAUGCAGAUAACCCAGCAGCCAUUCAGACCGUGGUGUUACAGAGGGACGAUUUACAAAAUGGACUGCUUAGUACGUGUAGAGAACUCUCUCGAGCCACUGCCGAACUGGAACGAGCAUGGAGAGAGUAUGAUAAGUUAGAAUAUGAUGUGACUGUUACCAGGAACCAGAUGCAAGAACAGCUAGAUCGCCUUGGUGAAGUUCAGACUGAAUCAGCAGGAAUUCAGCGUGCACAGAUUCAGAAAGAACUUUGGAGAAUUCAAGAUGUCAUGGAAGGACUGAGUAAACACAAACAGCAAAGAGGCACUACAGAAACAGGUAUGGCAGGAUCAAAGCCUUUCUCAACAGUUAAGUACAAAAACGAGGAAGAGGAAGUAGUCCCACCUCGUCCUCCACUUCCUCGGUCCUAUGACUUUACAGAGCAGCCUCCCAUAAUCCCCCCUCUGCCCAGUGAUAGCAGCUCCUUGCUCUGUUAUAGCAGGGGCCCAGUCCAUCUGCCUGAAGAAAAGAAGAUUCAUCAAGUUCAAGGAUAUCCAAGAAAUGGAUCUCACUGUGGUCCGGAUUAUAGACUCUACAAGAGUGAACCAGAGUUAACAACAGUGGCAGAAGUUGAUGAGUCUAAUGGAGAAAAAUCAGAACCUGUUUCAGAAAUGGAAACUUCUGUUAAAGGUUCCCAUUUUCCUGUUGGAGUAGUUCCUCCAAGGACCAAAUCACCAACACCUGAAUCUUCAACAAUAGCCUCUUAUGUAACCUUAAGGAAAACUAAGAAGAUGAUGGAUUCAAGAACGGAAAGACCAAGAAGUGCAGUGGAACAGCUCUGUUUGGCUGAAAGUACUCGACCUAGGAUGACUGUGGAAGAGCAGAUGGAAAGAAUAAGGAGACAUCAACAAGCAUGCCUGAGGGAAAAGAAAAAAGGAUUAAAUGUUAUUGGUUCUUUAGACCAGUCACCCUUACAAAGUCCCUCAGGCUUAAGGGAUAAUCCGUUCAGGAUUACCCAGACUCGAAAAAGGGACGAUAACAUUAAGGAACUGGAUACUGUCAUUAGAGAAAAUGAUGUGAAGCCAAACCAUGAAACUCCUGCAGCAGAAAUUGUUCGACUAAAAGAAAGUGAACCUCAAAAUACAGAUUCAGCAAAGAGUUGAAAAGCACUGAGGACAUUUUUUCCACAACACUUUUUAAACCUGAACCAAAUGGAGUGAAUUCUGAGGAAGUGAUGGAUAAAGAG